AUGUUUCUUUUUUGUGUUGAGGCUGGAUGCUGUCUGUUAACGAAACAGAAGGUUUUUUUCCUUUUAGGUUUUUCUGAAUACCCAAACUUACAGAUUCUGCUAUUCUUUGCAUUCCUGGCUGCUUACUCUCUUUGUGUUUUGGAGAAUGCAUUUCUAAUAAUCCUUGUUUAUUUGAAUUCUCAUCUUCAUACUCCUAUGUAUUACUUCCUCUGUAACUUAUCAUUUUUAGAUAUCUGCUUGACAAGUCUUAUUCAUCCGAGAUUUCUACUAACAUUUCUAAACCUGAGAAUCAUCUCUUUUUCAGAGUGUAUGACACAACUGUACUUCUACAUCUCUUUCCAAAGUUUGGAGUACCUCUUGUUGACUGUCAUGUCAUAUGAUCGCUAUGUGGCUAUCUGUAAUCCUCUACACUACAAUCUUGUAUUGAAUAAGAAGGUCUGUACAGCUCUGUCUGCUGCUGCUUGGCUUGUUAGUUUUGUUGACCCUGCUCCGAUCAUUAAUCAGAUGGCCUUAUUUCCUUUCUGCAAAUCACAUACUAUCAAUCACCUUUUCUGUGACUCUGUCCCUUUACUUACGCUUUCCUGUGGUGAUAUCACUAAGUUAGGAAUUGUUAUACUUAUGGAAGCAGCUUUUUUGGCGUUACCAGCUUUCUUAUUUACACUGUCUUCCUACAUUUCCAUUAUUUCAGUGAUUCUAAAGAUCCAGUCUGCUAAAGGCAGACUCAAAGCCUUCUCAACAUGUUCAUCCCACCUCACGGUUGUAUCUGUGCUUUAUCUAACUCUGGUCUGCGUGUAUUUUCUGCCACCAGCUAAUAACUCUUAUCACAACACUAAAGCGGUAUCUCUUUUAAAUAUUGUGGUCAUUCCGAUGUUAAAUCCUCUCUUGUACAGUCUGAGGAACAAAGAAGUAAAAGCGGCUUUUCAAAAAACUAAUUAG